AUGCUUCUAACGUCGAGGCUUUCUCUUGGAUUGGCGUUGAGCCCAGUUGCCAGCGUCUUUGCUCAGACAGCAGUGUCCAGCAGUGUCUUCGACAACAUCAUCCACUACACAUCGUAUGCCGGUGCAGCAUACGCUGAGACAUGUCCAACCCUGCCCUUUGGCUCGACUUUAAUCUCGACUUUGAACUACACGAGCACCGACACCAAAGCAGUGUUGUUUCAUGAGCCAUCCUCGAACCAGGUCGUUCUUUCCUUCCGUGGCUCAGCCUUUCCCCGGAAUCUGGACCAGGACUUCCUUUUCACUUUGACGCCUUUGACCAUCCCUGGCACCUCAUGCUCUUCCUGCGCAGUCCAUCAAGGAUUUCAAAACAUCUACAGUGCCAUGGCCAAUGAUGUUUCCACCGCCGUAUCCAAUGCACUUGCAUCGUACGCAGGUAGCUCUUUGAUCGUCACCGGACACUCCCUCGGUGGAGGACUUGCCGCUCUUGCAGCCGCGUCGUUAGCAGGUCAAGGCCACCAGCUUACUGCAUACACUUACGGCGAGCCUCGGAAUGGCAACCCUGCAUUCACCACCUACAUCAACAGCCAAGUGCCCAACUACUACCGAGUGACACACUACAACGAUGGAGUCCCGCAGAUUCCUCCUCCGCUACUCGGCUUCCAACAUCAUGGCACUGAGUACUUCCAAAGCCUGCAGAAUGGCAAUACGGCUUCAUCGACUCUGAAGUGUGCUGGAACAGAUCCUACCAACUGCAACGCAGCUCAAGAUUUUGGCAAGGAUCCGAUCAAUGGCGCACACAUUGCUUAUAGCAAUUUCGUUGUCGCUGGAGUCCUCUUCAACCCAGCUUGCGGCUACACCGCGCCGUGA